AUGAGGGGGCUCCGUGCUCGCUACCACCUCCUGCCCGACCAGGACGAGGAGCAGCCCGUGGGGUGUGGGGAGCCGGCCGGAGAGGGGCAGCUGGCCUGGGAGGGAGCCCCAGCAGCGGCCCCGGCCCUGGAGGAGCCAUGCAGGCUGGUGCUGAGCACACCGAGCAGCGUCCUGCGGGACAGGGAGAUCCAGGAGCUGGGCCCCCACCUGCCCUCCCGGCUGACACAGCAGCCCUGGAGCCUGCUGUACUGCACCGGCCGGGAUGGCUUCAGCCUGCGGACCCUGUACCGGCGCGGGGGCCAGCCGGGCUCCCCCGCCCUGCUGCUCAUAAGGGACACGGAGGCGCAGGCCUUCGGUGCCUUCUCUGCCAGCACCAUUCGCUGCAGCAAUGGCUUCUACGGGACGGGGGAGACCUUCCUCUUCUCCUUCUCCCCAGAGCUGAAGGUGUUCAGGUGGACAGGCAGGAACAACUUCUUCAUGAAAGGGGAUGUGGAUCUGCUGAUGGUCGGUGCGGGCAGCGGUAGAUUUGGGCUGUGGCUGGAUGGAGACCUCCACCACGGGGGCAGUCACCCCUGCGAGACCUUCGACAACGAGACCCUCUCAUCCCGGGAGGAGUUCUGCGUCCAGGACCUGGAAGUGUGGGGCCUGGCCUGA